CCUAGCUAAAUGUCCUUUUAAAAAUUAUGAAAUUGGUGCUAACGUAAUGUAAUUUUAUUUGUAGCGUUUCCUUUAUUUAUGAUAUUUUUUGGCUUUAAGUUUUCACUUCUCUUUUAGGUUUUAAAUAUGUGGUCAUCUCGAAGUUCGAAAAUCAUGACAAUGGCGCGUAACAGCGUACUUGAGGAAAGCGAUAUCAGUGGUAGAUCUGCAGGUUCUUCGCAACGUAAAAGUUCGAGUAUCGGUAGUUUAAGUGACGUCCCAGAACAAUUUCGAGAUAUAGUGAGAAAUAUAGAUAUAGAUUCUCCACAAUCUUUCACCUCACCUACAAUGCAACUUUCCCAAGAAUAUGUUACAAAAAACAUAAAUAUUUCAUCUACAGCGGAAAAUGAACAAUUACAAGGACUAGAGAUAACUUCAAUGAAAAACUGCAGUUUAAUUCCUGAUAAUAAAAACGAUGCUGCUUUGAGGGAUAUUUCAAAUAAUUUGGACGAAUACAAAAACCAAAAAAUAGUAAUACUGCAAGAUAUUAUUAUAGGGAAUUCAAAUGAACUAUCAGAAUCUGAGCCAGAUAUAUUGUUUUCAUCGGAUUCGGAUGAAGAUCCCACAUACUAUCCCUCUGAUUUAGAGUUUGAAGGAGAUACUGAACAACGAGGUACAGGAUUGCACAUAAGACAUGAAAAUACUGAGAACGACCUUUCAAUUGACAAAAGCCCUUCUCUUCAGUGUUUAGUAGUUUCGACUUCUUCUAAUGAACCUUCUUAUUCUGAACAAAUAAGUUCAACAGUUUUUACGGAGGUAGAACAAGCAAACUCAAAUUCUCGUGGACAGUGUGAAAAGUCCAGUAAUUUGAUAAAGACGUUAGACAAAAACAAGAAAGUUCAUCGUUAUCCAGACUUCUGUUUUUAUUGUGAAAAUGAUGUACUUAACUUUGCUAGGCACGUUAUACGCAAUCAUUCUAAUGAACUUGAGCUUCAAAAAAUUAUUAGAUUGGCCCCAAAAUCUAUAGAGAGAAAACGGUGCAUUGCAUCUUUACGAAAAAAAGGAAAUUACUUAAAAAAUUCAUCGUAUGUAUUUAAACCGGUUCAUAAAAGUUAUGUAGACAAAUCUGAAGAAAACUACGUUGCAUGUCAAUUUUGUUAUGGACUUUAUUCACGUAAAUUGCUAUGGAAACACACAAGAAGUUGCCCGGAAAACAAAAACCAGAGCAGUGGUUCCUCUCUAAGUAAUGCCCAAAAUUCAAUGCUUCCAAAAAUGGAUAUUAAUUCUGACUUAAGAAAUAAAGUUUUUCCUCGAAUGCGUGCUGACAAAGUGUCUCUUAGGGCAAAGAAAGAUUCUUUGAUUUGCGCUUUUGGAGGAAGGUAUUUAAAUACCCACCGGGAACAACAUCAUAUUAAUGUUUGUUCCAGAAAAAUGAGAGAGUUAUCUAAAGUUUUAAUAGAGUCUGUAAAACUAAAUUCGGCAAUUAAAAAUCUAUACGAUUUGUUGCAUCCUAUGUAUUUUGAUACAGUUGUUGCAAGUGUAAAAAUUAUCGCUAAAUACGAUGCUCAAAAUGAUAUUUAUCUAUCUCCUACUUUUGGUAUGAACAUAAGUAGAAGUUUAAAAGAUUGUUGUGAUAUUGCCAUAUUGCAUCUAGUUAAAAGAAAAUACAAUUUUCAUAAUGUAGCUGCUGCAGAGGCAGAAGCAAAUAUUACGACAUUUAAAAGAUUAUUAGAAAGUAGUUGGAUGCAUGAAGUUUCUAGCCAAGCUGCAAGAGAUUUAAAUACAAAAACUUGGAACAAAACUACUAUAAUACCGUUGGCAGCUGAUCUUAAAUUAUUCAGAACCUAUCUUAUUGAACAAGGUAAUACAGCCGAGAAAAAGUUGAAAGAGAAUUCUAAUGACAUAAAUAAUUAUAUACUGUUAAUGGAAACAGUUUUCUGCAGAUUAUUACUUUUAAAUCGAAAAAGAGUGGGUGAACUUCAACGUAUGAAACUGAUUUCUUAUACAUCAGCAGAUGAAAAAAUUGAACAGAGUUAUGAAGAAUUUACAGAUGCUAUUACACCUUCUGAAAAGAUAUUGUUAACCAAAUUUAAGAGGAUAGUUAUUCGAGGCAAAAGAGGAAGAGGGGUCCCAGUUUUAUUUAGUAAAGAUAUUCAAGACCACAUGGAACUUCUCCUACGAACUAGGUCACACUUUAUAAAACAAAAUAAUUUAUUUUUAUUUGGAGCUGCAAAAUCUGAUCAACCCAUUGUGGGAUACAAAGUUAUACAGAAGCACGCGAAAUUAUGUGGAGCAAAAAAUCCUAAAGCGUUAACAUCUACAAAGCUAAGGAAACACUUAGCUACAUUAUCGCAAAUAUUUAAUAUGUCACAAAAUGAUAUAGAACAGUUAGCGACGUUUAUGGGCCACACAUUAAGUGUUCACAGCCAAAACUAUCGGCUACCAGAUGACAUUUUUCAAACUGCAAAAAUUGCUAAAUUAUUACUACUUAUGGAGAGAGGAGAGGCAGGGAAGUACAAGGGAAUGGCUUUAGAAGAAAUCGAUGUAAAUUUAGAGGAACAGAUAGAUAUGAAUGAAGGCGAUUUAGAAGACAUUGAACAAAACGAUUUUUUGGAUUAUAUCGAAGAAAGUGUUACCAAGGAGAUAAAAGAGGAACAGUCUACCAGCUCUGUAAGAGCGGAAAGUAUUAAAUUUAAAAAACGGGAGCUUAUUCCAUGGACAAGUCUUCAAAAAAAAACCGUCAUGUCUUUUUUUAAAGACCAUAUUAAACACAAAAAACCGCCAAAGAGAGCAGAAUGUGAUGUUCUGAUAAAAGAAUAUCCAGGUUUGUUUACAAAUAAAUCUUGGACUAAAAUUAAAGUUUUUAUUCAAAACUGCUACACAAAGAAAAUUAGAUUGGAUGCUGAUGAUUAG